AUGGCGACGCUGAUUCCCAUACCAUCCACCACCCCAACUCCGGAUACACAGCAGCAGCAGCAACUUCAACCCAAUUCCCAAGGGGGCUGGUAUUCCUGGACACCGGAGGAGCAAGGUGGUAUUCUAGCUGCGUCGAUACUCGUCUUUCUCUUUCUAUUCGCACUGACGCUAUUUGUGUCCCUUCACGCUCCAAAGAGAGUCCACCUGCCGCCACCAGACGAAGAGCGAGCAAUGGGGGAGCCGGGCCAAAGGAGACGGACUGGGAAGGGUGGAAGGUUUGGGAGGAGAAGUGCCGGAAUCUCACAGCCAGCCACUCAACUACAACAAAACCAAAGCAUACUUUCACAGGCUGUGAAAGAUAGCCGUAGUCACGAAACUACAAAAAAUGGUCGAAUCUCAGACUAUCAAGGGCGAGUGGUGCCUGACGCACUCCUAAUCGCAAGACGGGAAUCAAUGACAAGAUCCCACCGCGAAAGCGGUCCAAAAUUGAGAACUGCACAGCGCUCACGGUCAUGUCAAUGUAGACGAGAUUUUGGUCUGUUGGAGGGGGGAACUGGACCCCGUGGUCAACAGCCACGCCAGACCGGAGGGAUAGGGCACCGCAACAGUAUGGAUGCUUGUGAUGGAAGUGAUGAGACAUUUGAGAGAGGGUUGGACAGGAUUUAUAUUGACGACAAUAACCCAGGACCAUCAACACUGAAGGGAAAGGAGAAAGCGAAAUUUCAUAGACGUCAACAGAGCGAUGGGUGUGCUCGGGAGGGAAAGCCUCGUCGUCACAAACGUUCAUACAGUCUGAAUUGA